UGCCAUAUGCAGAAAAAGGCAAUCACACCAACAAUGAUGGCCACGUGAGGUGGGGUAGACCACUAGGAUGAGGAGAGGUGGAAGAAAGACAAACACUGCCACUGCCACUGAAAAUGCCAUUAACAAGACAUGUUUAUUGGAGCCAAAAGGAACAUUUGGAUCAAUGUAUAGUAGUCUUAUGUGUUGCUCUCCUUUGUUACCUCUUACGUUGCUCCAUUCAAAUGCCUGCCAGAAAAGAUAACUGAGCCUGGCAUAUGACAAAUAGAACAGUGAGGCAAAGGAUUGAAUCAUGGAU